AAGAAGAUUAAUUUUAACACACGUCUGUAAUUUUCAUCGCAUUUAUCGUUAAUUCGUCGCAAUUUAAAGAAGAAUUCAAGAACUUUUAAUACAACAAUGAGAUUGAAUAGUUUAAUUUUUGCAUUUGUGAUUUUAUUCAGUGUUGUUUCAGCAAGAAUCGACCCUAAAAACUUAAAAUGUUUGGUUUGUCGGACGACGUUUGAGGAGCUUCACCAGGUGAUAAAAAGCAUAGAUAAAUGGAAAAGAGUCGAUGUCGGCAACUUCAGAAUGGACAAAGAUGGCAACACAAUGCAGCAGAAAGUGCCCGCUCACCGAUCUGCGGUCUACAUUUCCGAACUUAUUGAUGAGAUUUGCAAAAAGAUGGAUGACUACGUCCGCGUUUACUACAAGUCGACCGGUAAACUAACGAUAAUGCAGCUGAUGACCAAGGAGGGCGGUAUGAACCCUGAAUUCUCGAAGACCAAGUUCGUGACCGACGACGACCUGAACAAAAGCUUGGAGUAUUACUGCGAACGUAUGUUUGAAGACAAUGAAGACGAGAUCACGUCUUUGUACGUGAAGCGACCCGACGAUGACGUCAUGCCGGACGCGGAACGCGAGAUAUGCUUCAACCACGCCAAGUAUUGCGAGGAGUGGAUGUUACCCACUGAAGAGGACACGACUUGGACCAGAGAAAUGGAGGAGGAGUAUGUCAAGGUCCACGGGCCGGACCCGUACGGCUUUGGGGGCGUGCCGCCGCCCGCCCAUCCCGACCUGUCCGAGGACUACGACGACACCGACCAACAUACGGACGACUUCGGCGACGACAUCAGGGACGAGCUCUAGGACCCCUACGCCGCUGGUACUACACUCAUUUCAGUUAAAAUAUACUUUAUAAACAAUCUCAAAGGAGCAUUGCAUUAACAAAAUAAAACUACUCGCGCGCCAUCUAGCGUGAGUCUCUACAAGCUCUCUCCGUAGUGCCAACCACAGUCAAAGCAAUUUUCAAUUCGAUAAAUAAUUAAAGGCUUCGUCAAACAGAACGCGUACUUAGCGCGCGUCAGAGCGUUGCGCUAUGACGCCGAGAUGUGCUGUACUACUAUGUUAAUGUACUGUCAAACAGAGCGCCAGCGCUAUAAGUACGCAGCGCUCUGUCGCGGCGUUAGGACGCUUUGACGUCAGACGUUGUAAUUUUUACAACGUCUGACAGACUACGUACCGACAUGCAUAAAAUUUAAACAUUCAUUGAAGUUGGAACUUACUCUGAACUGAAGCAGCUGAUUUUACUUUAAUACAAUAGCGACAAUGGUUAAUAGACAAUACUAUUUAUCUGCAAAUAAAGCGAAAACAAUAUGGUCUGUGGAAAAAAAUAACUGUAGACAGUAGACUGUAGACAAUGUAUCAUGUAUAAUGGACUAUAGACAGUUUAUCAUACACAAUUGACUAUAGACAGUUUAUCAUACACAAUUGAUUAUAGACAGUGUAGCAUACACAAUUGACUAUAGACAGUGUAUCAUACAUAAUUGACUGUGUACAGUACUAAAUACAAAUUUUUGCAAUUCGAUGAUAUUAAAUAUUAAGCAGACUUGUGUACGUCCGUUCACUGUUAGACUACAGGGAAGAUGCCCACGGGCCGCAGUCGCAUUAUAUAGGCCAUGUAAUGUUAAUUGCAUGAUUAAUCCAUAAAAAUGUAAUCAUAAUGAAUUCAAAUUACUAUUAAAUAAUUGAAUUUCGUUCAGUGAUAAUGAAGUUAAAAGUAAUUGAAUUCUGUAGCACACUUAAUUAUUAUAUUCGACAAAGCUUUUUUACUUGUUUUGAUAGAACCAAUAAUCUUCUGUGCUUAAUUAAUUCAGAACUAACCGAAAUAAUUGUUUCAAUAAAAAUAUAUUUUAACUGAAAUAUGUUUGAAGUUUAUUAUCAUUAUUAUUGUAGUAGUACUUACUCUACACGUGUCUUCCGCAGUGCCUUGUAUUAGUUUUGUGUUUUAGGUCUUUGAGGUAUUCAGAUAGUUUUCUUAGAGAUUAAUUAAAUUAUUUGUUAAUUGAGUUAAAGCUGUCAUCACAUAUCAAUUAUUAUUUCCAUAUUAUCUGGAACCGCUGCGUUCAUCGACGGUGCGUUU